AUGACGCGUGCCAUGCCUGUCACCGGGGUCUGCGUUGACUCAUCGGGCCAGAAGACGGUUGUCCCGCUGGAGAACAACCCGGACGUGUUCACGGCGCUGCUGCACGAUCUCGGUGGCCCUACAACGAAGAGCCUGCGCUUCCACGACGUCUACAGCGUUGACGAUGCCGCUCUGCUGGCGUUGGUGCCGCGGCCAGUGCUAGCACUCGUGCUGAUCAGUCCGCCGGGACCGUUCCACGUCGUUCGCGCGGCUGAUGGACGCCCGCCAUCCGUCUCCGAGGCCGCGCUGACAUACGGCAAGACGGGCAGCAGCAGCAGCGACGAGCCCGUCCUCUGGUUCCGCCAGACCAUUGGCCAUGCCUGCGGCCUCAUGGCGCUCAUUCACGCCGCUGCCAACAGCCCCACAGCUUGCGACCGGCUGCAGUCCGGCUCGCUCCUCGACCGGCUGCUGCGCCAGGCCGCACCCCUGGCUCCGGCCGCCCGCGCCGCUCUUCUCUACGACAGCGCCGAGCUCGAGGAAACGCACAUGCGUGCCGCCGUGCGCGGCGACUCGGCUGCGCCCCUCGCUACCGAUCCCUGCGAGCUGCACUUUGUCGCGUUUGUGCGCGGCCGCGACGAUCACCUCUGGGAGCUCGAAGGCUCGUCCGACGGGCCCAUCGACCGGGGCCCGCUGCCGGAAGACGCCACAGGAAACGGUGACGGCACCAGAAACGACAUGCUCACCAAGGAGGCCCUCGCACUCGGCGUCGGCCGCUUUCUCGCCGCUGCUGAAGGUGAUGUCGCGUUUAGUAUCAUUGCGCUUACGUCAGCACCUGAGGAUGCCCGGGGUGGAUAA